UCCUGUAAGUAGGUCAACCACACAUAACAGGUAUUACUCAGGUGUGUGCUGUGGUGAAGAUGGAGAGUGUGUGCCCCACCCUGCAACCUCUCUAAUGAAGAUGAAGAGGAGUUCUCUGAGGAAUCUCACAGUUUUUACAGGUAUAGCCUGUUUAUUGUAUGUGGGGAUUGUCUUCAUGGUAUGGACUAAAUGGGCAGCACCCUCACAUCUUGAAUCUCAAAGGAAUCCAGCUGAGCCAUUAAGACUGAGUGAAAAUGAAUAUAAAAACCAAGUAAGAACUUUACCUGACUCAAGACCAAAUGACUGUAAACUGAGGACUCAACCUACACAGUGGUUCAAAGUUUCUAUUGUGAUAUUUAUUACCAAUGAAGAAGUUGCUCAAAUAGAGUCCACCUUACUAUCAGUCCUUGCUAACACACCUAGUAACAUACUUCACCAAAUACUUCUAGUAAGUCAUAGAACUAGUGUUACUACUGAUAAAUACUUGGACAAAGCUGCAGCUGACCACAAAUCUGUCCAAGUGGUCCAGCUGAAACAAGACGGUGAGCUCACUUUUAAGUCAAAAAUAGUAGCAACUUUGACAGUAGUUACAGGAGAUAUGAUAGUAUUUAUGGAAGCUGAUAUGGAGUGCAACAGGAUGUGGAUUGAGCCUAUAGUUUCUCACUUGGCUGACCAUCCACAGACAGUAGUCAUACCAGUACUGGACAACAUAGAUAAACUUAGUGGAAAAUAUAUAGGAACAGUAAAACCUGUAAAAACAGGCUUCUCUUGGGAUCUUCAGUUCAUGCACUAUGAACCAACAUUUACUGAACUUGCCCAUGCUGAAAGUGAGGCUGAUCCCCUACAAACCCCUGUCCUGACAGGAAAUGUGUUUGCAACCACCAAAGAGAAUAUAGUAAGUUGGAAACCAGUGCCAUUCGAAGGAAGCCUUGAGUUGUCUUUUUAUCUCUGGCUUUGUGGACAUGAGAUAAUUCUCCUCCCAUGUUCCAGAGUAGGCAAAUACUCUGCUUAUUCAGUCAGCAGUUUACCUGUGCAACAACAUGUUAAUAAAGUAGCCGACAAAUGGUUAGGUCAAUACAAGAAAUACUUCUAUGCAGCAACAGAUUACAAUAACCCAUCUACUUCUUAUACCGAUGUGAGCAUGGAAAUCAAUGAUCUAAAGCAAAUAAAAAAGUGUCAUGACUUUGACUGGUACAUGAACACAGUAGUAUUGGAUCUCUUUAAACCUGUGGGAGACUUAGCAGCUUUUGGAACUUUAAAAUCACAGCCAAGUUCUAUGUGUUUUCAUGUUGAAGUCAAUCAAAAUUUAGAGGGGCUUCGUGGUCAGUGUAGUCCUGCUAGAGAGACAGGGAUAUUUCAACUAGAUGCAGAUGGCUUGCUGCGCAUCCAUGACAGGUGUGUCACAGGAGAAACCCAUGGAUAUGUGACUAUGAAUGACUGUAACCCUGAUGAUAAAGCCCAAACCUGGACUAUUACUUCAAAGAAACAGAUAAUGCUAAAAUCUGGACAGUACUGUCUCAUGCAUAAUACUGAUCCAGACAGGGAAAGAAAAGACAGACAAGUACUCAUGGCACAGGUCUGCAGAGAUGAUGAAAGCUUUCAACAAUUCGUUUUCAGUAACUUUUUUGAUCUAAAAAAAUUGAAAUCUUCCAGAUAAUGAAUUUUAUAUGAUGGGUUGUCCAUAAGUAAAUGUAGAUUAUAAGUGCAGUUUGAAUAGUGGAUAAAAUGAGCGAAUGAGAACAUUCAUACAAGUAAAUGUGCUUGGAAUACAAAGGGUAUACAAGAACAAGGACUCAAUAGUAUUUGGAUGCAAGCUUCUCCCAAAAUUAAUGUCUUAUGUCUGUCCACAUCCAAGACUGUAUGGAUUGUCUUUGUAUUACAUAUUAGUUUUCUUAUAAAGGAACAAGUUUCAUGAACCAAAUUAAACAUAAUAUUUAAAACCUUUUUGAAUGUGUAUUAACAUUAAAUUUAAUUAAAAUUAAAAGCAAAUAAAAAGCAGUAUCAAAUGUGAACUGUUACAUGACAAAAGGUGUGGAAUACAUUUGAUGUCUAAGUUUGUUUAAAAACAAUACAUGGUGCUCACUGCAUUAACUACAAACAGUGUUUAUGUUAAACUUUGGAGCAUCACACUUCUUUUAUGUAAAAUUUAGUGUCUUAAAACUGCAAGCAAUAUUAUCCAAAAUUCUGCACACCCAUAAAUACCAUCAUGACUAAAGAGCUUAAAUUCUUACAUCCUACUCUCAUACCCAGGCAACAUCCAUCAUAACAAAAGCCACCAACUCAACAAAUUUAACCACAUGCAAUCUCUAUAUGUAUCCUGAACAGCAAUUAAAACUAAAUGGGAUGUGAACAUUUGCAUAAUUCUGAAGAAAAAAAGUGCAUUAAAAUCUAUUACUCUACAUCAAAUGGAAAAAGAGUGGUGAAGCAUACAUAGUGCACUUCUUUUUCAAAAAAACAGAGCUGAUGGUUCAUCCCAAUGGUAUUUGCAAACUAUUUGCGUACAUGAAAAUACACAUUAUCACAUAUACAGAGUAACAAUAUGCUUGGUUAUUGGUCUGCAAACAUUCUCUGGACAUUAACACUGCCUGAGAAAGGAAAUUA